AUGACUUGGUUUGAUGGAUUCAAAGUAUGUGGGAAAUAUUUGCUUGUUGCCCGUUUAGGUUUCCUACGUAACGAUUUAUGUGGGAAAACUGUUUCCGUAGGAAGCAUGCAGGAUUUCUAUUUAUCUCAUAAGCACUGUUUUACGUUUCAGAAACCACUUCACGAUUCUGAAAUUGAGAUCCAGCUGUCACAGCUACUUUGUUCAUCGGAAGAAGAAAACCUUGAUGAUGAAGCAGUUGACUCUUUUGCCACCAGUAGUUACAAUGUCGAUUUAGACAAGCGUUUGGAUGAGAUUCAAGGUAUUUCUGUCGAAGAAUUACAUUCUUUAUUGGUGGGAGAAUCAGAUUUGUCUCUUAUCCAAGAUGAAACUUUUUUGAAUUCACCAGUUCAACAGAUUUUUAAGCCGAUUCUUCCUCAAGUGGCUUCAACUUCACAAGAUGCAAUCGCUGAAGUCCAUGCAGGCCCUUCUCUUGUGAUUUCGGAUGUUCCUAUGCUACUUGAUCAAAAUCCUGGUGAAACAACCUCACUUGUUUCUGUAGCUGAUGUCCAGGCAGACCACUCUUCCCUAGUACCACUAUUGGCAGAGCCUGAUGAAAGCUCUAAUGCAGAACCAACAUCUUCUUUCUCUAGGGAUAAAUUCAUUCGAUUUCAAAAUAAAUCAAGAGAUUGGUCUUUUGCAACUGAUGAUAUUACUUGGCCUAUUUUCGAGAAGAAAAUGCAGAUAAAAAAAAUUACAAUAAUAGAAGUCAACCACUGGAUUAUUUUCUUGACUUUUUCCCUGAUGAGUUACUUUAUAUUAUUGUUGAAAAUACAAAUAUUUAUGCAAGACACACACAUUCAAAAGCUUGGACUGAAGUUACAAAAGAAGAAAUAA